AGAGGUAUCCAAUCUUAUUGGCUUCAGUUAGCAAGUCUCAAAUCAUUAGGAAGAUUGUAUUAUUCAAAGCCAAGAAUGGAAAUAUUAAGCAUGAGCUCUCAUAUAGAGAAUGGUACAGUUAUUGUAAGAUGGAGAGUUUCAGGUAUUCCACAACUAAGAGUAUUACAAUUUUGGAAGUUCAGAUCAAAAGAACCGUUGGAAAUAGUGUGGCAUGAAGGUAUUUCAACUUUUUAUGUAAAAGAUGAUGGAUUAAUUCAUUUACAUAAGUUAGACAGGGUAUGUAUUUAUAAAACAUAUUUCACAGUUUAG